AUGGCCACAUGGGGUGCGGUGCGGCUUCUUGCGUCGCGCGACGAGGGCACGGGCGUGGCCCUGAGCGGCCAUGCCUCGUUCAUGCUGGACAUGGUGUCAGAGAUGGAGACCGACAUGGAUGGGGUGCUCCAGCGCUUCGACGUCGACCUUCUCCUCGACGGCCACGGCGACGGCAACGCCCGGGGGAGCAGCGACAGCCCAUGUGAGGAGCGGUGCUCUAUAGCUCCAGCGACGAUUAGCGCUGGCCGCUGUUUCGUCCGAAUCGCCUACUGCUCACACGGCUGUUUUGGUGGGUGGGACAACAAGGAGGCCGCCGUCGGUGACGCGAUGAAGGAGCGGAUCGCGUGGGCGCUGAGGAUCUACAAGGAUGCGGCAGCGGGGCACGGCGGCGAAGGCGGUGCGCUGGUGCAGUACCGGACGGUGUCGCUCACGCACGCCUUCCUCGUCGGCGGCGGCGCCGUGCCCGGGGAGCGGGGCCUGCCGGGGUGGGUGUUCGACGCCGGGGAGCCUGAGUGGACGCCCAACGUGCAGUACUAUGGCACCGGUGAGUACGCACGCAUCAGCUACGCGCUCAUCUAUGAUAUCCAGGCCGUGCUCGCGCUGCCCAUCCUUGACCCCGCCACGGGGUCCUUCCUCGCCGUGCUCGAGCUCAUCACCACCUCGCCCAGGCUCCACUUUGCCGCUGAGGUCGACAGCCUCUCCAAGGCGCUCCAGCUUCUGAUCAUACCACCUGCUUCCCAACUCGUGUUCACUGUCCACGGCAAUGCAAUGCAGGCAGUGGCGUUGAGAGGCUCCGAGAUCUGCCGCCGCCCCGCGCCCGAGGUGCGAAUGCGAAUGCCAUCACAUGUAAUUUAA